AUGGCUGCUGAACUUGUACUUGCAGCUGCGAGCAUAGUUUUUUCUCCCUUCCUCCAAGUGUUGUUUGAAAGAAUGGCAUCUCAUGAGUUUGAUGACUUCUUUCGGGGACGAAAGCUCACCGAUAGACUCCUAAAGAAGUUGAACACAGCAUUGUUGACCGUGAAUGCAGUGGUUGAAGAUGCGGAGGAUAGGCAAUUUACAGAGCCUAAUGUGAAAAAGUGGCUUGAUGAGCUGAAAGGUGUUAUAUUUGAUGCAGAGGACAUCUUGGACGAGACAAAUACAAAAGCCCUGCAAUAUAAAUGCAAGUCGGAUUCCGAAUUUGGAACCAUUGCAAGGAAGGUACGACACUCCAUCUCUACCUCUCAUUUUGUCAAUAAGAUAGAAAGAGAGAUAAAAGAUGCAAUUGAUAGAUUAGAGGAUCAAGCAAAACAAAUAGACGUUUUAGGUCUGAGAGAAUGUGUUGGAGGGCAACCAUUAGAAAGAUUGCCCACGACUUCUUUGAUUGAAGAAUCUAGUAUUUGUGGUAGGGAUUAUGAUAAGGAGGCAAUAAUUAACUUGUUGCUCUCUGAUGACGUGAGCGGGAAUGAGAUAGGCGUGAUCGCCAUAGUCAGCAUGGGGGGAAUUGGCAAAACCACCCUUGCUCAGCUUGUUUACAAUGACAAAAGGUUAAAGGAACAUUUUGACCUUAGAACAUGGGUUUGUGUUUCACAUCCAUUUGACGUGUUCAUGGUAAUGAAAACAAUUCUAGAGGAAGAAACUCCAAAAAGUACUCAUAAAUUGGAUCUAAAUCAACUUCAAAUGAAGCUCAAGGAGACGUUGACAGGAAAGAAAUUCUUACUUGUUUUAGAUUAUGUUUGGGAUAAUAUUUAUGUCAAAUGGGAGUUCUUAAGUACUAGUAAUGCUUUUAAAUUUAGGGCACAAGGAAGCAAAGUCAUUGUAACAACACGCAAUUCUGAGGUUGCAAGAGUCAUGCACGCUAGUGCAACUCAUCAUAUAAUGGAGUUAUCAAAAAAAGAUUGUUGGUCACUAUUUGUAAAAUAUGCAUUAGUUGAUGGCAACAUUGAUGCAUAUCCAGAACUAGAAGAAAUAGGAAGGCAAGUUGAAGAAAAGUGCAAAGGCCUACCUUUAGCAAUCAAGGCGAUUGGAGCUUUCUUGUGGUCUAAAUUAGACGUUGUUGAAUGGGAUAAGGUAUUGAGAAGUGAAUUAUGGGAUUUGCCAAUUGAGAAGACUGGCAUCAUUCCUGCUCUAAGAUUAAGUUAUAAAUAUCUUUCGUCAAAUCUAAAGCGAUGCUUUGCAUACUGCUCCAUAUUUCUAAAGGAUUAUGCUUUCGAAAAAGACACAUUAGUCUUAUUAUGGAUGGCAGAAGGUUUCUUGCUGCAACCCAAAAACAAAACAAUGGAAGAAGUUGGUGAUGAUUACUUCUCUGCUCUUGUAUCAAGAUCACUAUUCCAACGAUCAAAAAACACGAGAAAUAUAUAA